GCCUAUCUAUCUAGCAAUGAUCAUGAAGAGUACCCUUUCAGUUUCCUGCCUCAUCUUGGCUUUCUUUUUCCUCUCUGGUGCUCAAUCAGCUAGAAUAACUUUCACAAACAACUGUCUCUAUACCAUCUGGCCAGGAACCCUAACCGCUGAUCAGAAACCUCAACUAUCAACAACUGGAUUUGAGUUAGCAUCCAAAGCAUCCACAUCAUUGGAUGCCCAAGCUCCCUGGAUUGGCCGGUUUUGGGCACGAACUGGUUGCUCCACAGACGCCUCGGGAAGGUUCUCUUGCACUACUGCGGAUUGUGCCUCCGGCCAGGUUGCAUGCAAUGGCAACGGUGCUGUCCCGCCAGCAUCUUUGGUAGAAAUAAACAUAGCAGAAAAUGGUGGGAAAGACUUUUACGAUGUCAGCCUUGUCGACGGCUUCAACCUGCCUGUUUCAGUGAGCACAGAAGGCGGGACCGGUGAUUGCCAGACCUCAAGUUGCCCGGCCAAUGUGAAUGCGGUUUGCCCAGCAAACCUGCAACUGAAAGCUGGGGAUGGAAGCGUGAUCGCAUGCAAGAGCGCAUGCCUAGCGUUCAAUCAACCACAAUACUGUUGCACUGGCGAUUUCAAUAAGCCAGAAACAUGUCCUCCCACGGACUAUUCCAUGAUCUUCGAGAACCAGUGCCCUCUAGCUUAUAGCUAUGCUUAUGAUGAUAAAAACAGCACCUUUACCUGCUCCGCUGCACCCAAUUACGUUAUCACUUUCUGCCCUUCAACUUGAUCAAGAAUUAUGCAUGCAUGCAUGCGUUCCCAG